GGAUUCCAUGGUCCAGUUAGUGUUUUCACCCCAUAAUGGCGGCCGCGCUACCGGAGCGCCAUCUAGUGGCUGUUACCCAAAAAGUAUCAAAGUGUCGAAAGUAUCAAAGUGUCGCCUCUUGGGUUCUAUACUCUUUGGUAUAGCCUACAUUUUUUAAUUUUAUUUUAUUUUAUUUAUUUUUUUUACAGUUUUACGCACUAUUUUUUAUUCAUUUUACGUACCCUCUUUACGUUUUUUUUUUUUUAGGAAGUUGUAUAUUAUGUGUAACUUUUCAUUUUGUACACUUGCGCAUCCCUUUUGUAUUUUGGGUUUCAGCUAUGUGUGGCCAAUCAUCGCUGUGACCAAUGAAAUCGAGUCAUGGACGUGUGUCGUCGCUGGGGGGUAAGAGGCGUGGUUUGCGCUUAAGUGGACAAAAAAGAAAUCACAAGAGGAACACCAACGCCCUGUGUGAAUAAACCGUCAGAGAAAUUACACAGCGCUGUGCGUGUAUCCACUGUCAGAUUAUUUUAUCUUCCAGGACAAAGACGUUGCUAAGAUGGGACCCAAAGCUUCUUCACCACCUCCUCCUCCUCGAGUGUAUGACAGGCCAUGGAGAUCAAUAAACUGGAGUGAAGAUGGACAAAACCUUUUGACAACAGUAACCGACUUCCAACCUGGCAACGCAGAAGUCAACCCUCUCCGGAUUCUUCUGCAUGGACCAGUAGGUGCUGGAAAAUCAAGCUUCUUCAACUCUGUGAAUAACGCUCUCCAGGGGCGCAUCUCUACCAGAGCCCUGGCAAAUUCAUCAUUAAAUUCUGAUAAAACGUUCACUUUGGAGUGCAAAAUAUACAAAGUGAAGAAUGACAGGGCUGGCUCCUUCUUUCCUUUCACGUUCACUGACAUCGCCGGUAUGGACAAACAAAUUGGAAUAAAGACUGAGGACAUCAUCCAGUUAUUAAAGGGUCACAUCAGCGAUGGUUAUAUUUUUAACCCACUAAAACCAAUUACUGAAGAAGACACAAAGUACAAAAAGAAUCCCAUUCUGAAAGACAGGAUUCACUGUCUGGUGGCUGUUCUUCCUGCUGACACUGUUUCUCUGAUUGAUGAGGAAAUGAUUAGGCAAAUGAAAGAAGUUCGGGAGAAAGCACGAGACUUGGGCAUUCCUCAAGUCAUAAUCAUGACCAAGGUGGAUGAAGCGUGUCCACUAGUUAAAGACAAUCUUGAGAAGAUCUACACAAGCAAAAAAAUAAAACAGAAGAUGGAGGAGUGUUCUAUCAAACUGGGAGUUCCUGUGAACUGCAUUUAUCCUGUGAAAAACUACCAUGAGGAAAAUACUACUGACACAACAGUAGAUAUUCUGAUUUUAGAUGCACUGAAAAAUAUUCUCAACUUUGCCAAUGACUAUGUGGAGGACCAAGUGGACAGUUAAAAUCAGAGGAGGGUAGAGUAUCCAAAAACUGUACUCAAGUAAAAGUACUUCUAAUAUUUACUCAAAGUAAAAGUGAAAGAAAUAAUCUUAAUAGUUACUUGAGUAAGAGUAAAAAAGUAUCCAAUGAAAAAACUACUCAAGUAUCUAGUCACUAAUUACUAAUGACAAGAGUCCGAUCUACCACGACACGUAGGGAAAUAAAAAUGUGACGCAGAUAUUAUAAAACCACUCAAACACAACACAAAUUCUUUAUUUAUUAUAUCAGUAAUUAAGGGUAAAAGACUUGAGUUGUUUUUAAAAUAUUCACAAGUCUUUUGUGUCGUGUCGAGUCGAGUCAAGUCUGAAGUCAUUUUAGGUCAAGUCCGAGUCAAGUCUGAAGUCUAUUAAAAUGCGGCUCGAGUGCGACUCGAGUCAGAGUCACUAACUCGAAUGCCCAUCUCUGUUAUGCGUUACCAAAAGAGUAUGAGCUGAAAAAAGAUUCCACAUCCAACCAUCAUAAACAUACUCCAUAUGGCUCCGGAGGGUUAAUAAAGACCUUCUGAAGCGAAGCGAUGCGUUUGUGUAAAAAAAAAAAAAAAAAAAAAAUCCAUAUUUAACAAGUUAUGAAGUAAAAUAUGUAGCUUCCGCCAGACCGCCUUCUGUAUUCUUCAAAAAGCUUAUGUUGUACGUCCUAUGCCUUCCCUAUUCAACUUAAGGAACUGACGCGACGGCAGUUCCGUUUUUUCCGUAAUUUGAAUACUACAUAUUGAAGCUACAUAUUUUACUUUCAUUUGAAAGUGAACUAAUCCUUUAAAAACGUAUACAGCUACAUUUGAAGGAUGAAAGAGAGAAAACUCUUCAGCCUACAUGUGCUCGCGCUCAUAACCGCUGAACAUCUCAACACAAACAAUCCUCAAAUGCAAAUUGACAGAUCUUCUUCCGUCUGUUCUCCAAAAUGUAAUCAAAUGUAUAUUUCUGCAGGCGCAUGUAAACUGGUUAACUGUGUCUAACGUACGGAGCCCCGGACAUGACAUGCAGGAAAAAAUAGUAGGCUAAAUCGUGGGCACGAUUUAUUAAUUCGUUCCCUCGAUGUACUAAAACGUGCGCACGAUUUACUAUUUCGUUCGCUUGAUUUAUAAAUCAUGCGCAUGAUUUAUAAUUCGAGGGAACGAAAUAGCAAAUCGUGCGCACGAUUUAGUAAAUCGAGGGAACGAAUUAGUAAAUCGUGUGGACGAUUUAAUUUUUUUUCUUGCAUGUCACGUUACGCAAAGGUGAUAAUUUUCAAGACGAACAGGACGCAGGCGCCGCCACUUCGCUAAUUACCGUGGGAUGGCAGGUGUUCAUUUCUUACUCUCUGGUAGCUUAUUUAAUGUAUAAAUUAAGAUAUAUGUCCAAAAAAAAAAAAAAAAAAAAAAGGUAAAGAAAUGCUAUAUACUUUGUAGUGGUUAUCGUGGCAUAGCCUAAUAAUCUGUUUGGUUGUAAAAGGCUAAUGGCUGUAUGAAUUGAAAUCAAAUGAAAUCGAUACCUGUGGAAUUGUUCACAGACAGCAUACGCAGUUCAACUAAUAAAGAUCUUCAUCUCUGGCAUAGGAUGCAUAUUCAGAUUUUCUUUUAAUUGAAUGUAGGUCCACUGCCACUUCAUUCAACCUUCUGAGUGAGAAACCGCUUCAGACGAUUUAGGGAACGUGCAGGGAACCGAACAAAUCAUUCAAACUGAUUCGCGAACCAAUUUAAACAGUUUUGCCAACUUGUUUGAUCAAGUCUUUGAACAGAAUCGACUCAAAAGAGUGAUUCAUUUGUGAAUGGGGCAUCGUUCAUGAAAAAAAGGGACAGUGCGCUUGGAAUAAACUACGCAUUUCUAUACGCAUGUAGCCUACAGUAUUGCAUUAAAAUAAAGUAACGAGAGGAACGUCGCCCAGCGUAGCAAAGUAAAAGUACAGCUUUUUCAUUAGAAAUGUACUCAAGUUAAAGUAAAAGUACACAUUUAAAUCUACUCUUAAGUAAAUGUAACGAAGUAAAUGUACUUCGUUACUACCCACCUCUGGUUAAAAUGCUAUAUGAAACUUUACAUAUAGUACCAUAUAGUCUAUUCUAUUCUAUUGGCUCUUUGGUAGUGUAUAUUUGCAUGACAUCUCUGAUAUCAAUCUGUAGAUGAAGGCAAUUACAUAAUUGCACAGGAUAUAAUCAUAAUUAGCCAAUAAUCAGGAUAUUAUACUGCAUGUAUAUGGCCUAAUCUAUAUUAGGCUAUAAUCAUAUCCUUCAGUAGCCUACUCAAUGUUACACUCAACCUGUUAUUUUCAGUGGCAGGACAUUCAUACCUUUGACAUUGAUAAUAUUAGUAAAGAUGUGUGCAGGCCUAUGUGCAGUUUUUUGUAUUUUGAUUAAAUCGGUUAUGUAUUGCUAUUAUAUAUUUUGGGUUCCAUGAUAUUCAGAUGCAUUGUUUAUUGCUGUUUGAACAAGAAUCCCUGUUAUUCAAACCUAAAUAAAUAUAUGUUACCUAAAUAAAUGAGAAAAUAUUAAA